AUGCAAAUGCACACAGCCAACUCCAUCGCCGAGACGUUCGACGUGACGCCCGUGCAGACUCGACAGGUGCUCGCUCCGCGCGUGCCGGCCGUCGCCGCCUUAGCUACGGCGAGACGCGCUCCAUAUCGUCGCAAGAAGCUCAAGUGGCGCACGCGCGACUCGCAGGCGUCGCAGCUCUACAAUUUGGAGCUGGACGUGAUGGAUCUCAAACAGGAGAUCCAGCGGCUCGUCGACUAUCGGCAGAUCCUCAACUCGCGAGCCUUCAACCAGCGCAACGCUGUCGACGGCUACUACGUCAAAGUGGUCAUGGAGUACUACCGCGUGUUCCAGAAGGGCUACCGCCCGGGCUCCGCUAUUGACGCGGUGCAGUUCGUCAUGCAAGCCAUGGACGAGAACAUGACCAUUGGACCCUUCUCGGGGCGCGACGUGAUCCUCCACCAGUGGCAACAGUACACGAAAGCACUUUCGGGCAUCGACGUGCGUUUCCUCCGGUCCCGAGUCGUCUCGGGGGAGGGACAGACGAUCGUGACCUGUUACGCCAGCUACAAGUACGUGGUGACUCAGGACACGCUCGAGGUGCUGUUCCCGGAGGCGCUGCACCGCCACCCCCGCAUUGUCAGCAAGAUUUUGGGGCGUGUGUUCCAGCCUGAAGGCCGCUUCCACUUCAUCUUCGACUCAGAGACGCAUCGCAUCGUGUCGUUCAACUUCGAGCUCGACUUUAUGAAGGAAUUCGCGCCACUGCUGCAGGACCCGCGCGACGUGAGCACGUUCUUCCAGGACGCGCGCAUCUCGGAGGAGUGUUUGAUCGGGGACCAUGCGAGCUACGACGGUGUUGAGGCUAAGACAGAGCACGACAGCUACGAAGACGCACAGGUUGAAGAUAAGGCGGCGUUCCCUCUCGAGUACGAGGAGAAGUUACCUUGGGGGUACGACAGCUACGACCAGGAGCACCGACAGCCUUCGCCCGCUGGUCGAGUCGCGCUGAAUGAUACUGCAGACGACACGUACUACCUCUAG